AUGUUAUUCCUAUCAAGAGCCGCAAGGAUUAAUCUGCCUUUGCCGCAGUUUACAAGGGAUCGCUUCUUGAGGCGUCCCAAUAUGUUAGAGGCAGAUAGAGCAAGACUUUACUAUUGGAAUCUUUUUAGUAUUUUUGCUACGGGUCUCCCUAUAUGGUAUAUGAUGACUGUGAACUAUCGUUUCUGUGAGGAGUCUAUGAUGUUAUCUGAAUCUAUGGGAUCAACAAACCCUAAGACUACAGAUUUGGGGCUUUUUUUCCCUCAUAAACUUGCCAAGUAA